AUGAACCCGCUCCGCCACGACUUCAUAACUUCAUGCCGCUCUUCGACGUCCCCACCAAACCCGUCUGAGAAACUGCGAUAUCUAGACAUUGGCUGCGGCGGCGGUAUCUUCGCCGAAUCAGCCGCGCGCCUACCCACCACCACCUCCGUCACAGCAAUCGAUCCCACACCACAAGUCCUCUCCAUCGCCGAAGCGCACAAGAGGCGCGAUCCUACACUUACCUCGCCGGGUAAACUUACAUACCUAAAUACUUCUAUCGAAGAUCUACCGCGUCCGAAAUCAGACACAGAAGCCUUCGACAUCGUUACGCUGUUCGAAGUAAUCGAGCACGUAAAUGCCCCAGGUCCGUUCCUCGAACACGUCCUCCCGCAUGUGAAGCCGGGUGGCUGGUUGAUAAUGAGCACGAUUGCGCGGACGUGGACGAGCUGGGUUGUUACGAAUGUGGUUGCAGAGGAUGUUUUGGGUAUUGUGCCCAAGGGGACGCAUGAGUGGAGUAAAUACGUCAACGAAGAGGAGUUGAGGAGUUGGUUUGCAAAGCAGCCUGGUUGGGGCAAUGUUAAGUGUAUGGGUGUUGUGUAUGUGCCGGGGUUGGGGUGGAAGGAGGUGGCGGGGAGUCAAGAUUGGGGGAAUUAUUUCUUUGGUGUAAGGAGGGAGGGCUGA